AUGCUUCCCAUCUCGGUGGCCUUCGUGUUCUGUCUGAUGCUGUCCUCAUCCAUGGAGUCCUUCAACAUCACCUUCCUCCCAGAGUCAGCAGUCGUGAUUCUUGUUGGCCUGGGCCUCGGUGCCAUCUUCAUGUGCCACUUCGGGGAAGCCGGCUUUGGAACUGGGGCAGUGAUUCCGGUGAUUGGACCUCCAGCUGUGAAGUUCGCCUUCCUGCCGAUCAUUAUCUUCGAGUCUGGCUGGACCCUGCGAUGGAAAGAUUUCGCAUCACAACUGGGCUACAUCCUCGUCUUCGCCAUCUUAGGCUCCGUGAUCUCCAUGCUGGUAGUGGGUGAGCUCAUUCUGCUCACCAGUGACUAUCACUCUAUACACCACCGCCGUACUGCCUUUGCCUACGGCUCGUUGAUUGCAGCCACCGACCCCGUCGCGACCUUGGCCACCUACGCGAGCUUGAAAGUCGAACCAGUGCUGAACGUCAUGGUUUUCGGCGAGUCGAUGAUCAACGAUGCUGUUGCCAUCGUUAUCUUCGAAAUUCUGAACAGUGACAAAAUUUUCGGCGACCCCUGCAACCCGGUCUCCCAAAAAGACAUCUCGCUGGCAGUGACGGCGGGAAUCUUUCAGAAGUUGGCCUACUCCAUUGGCCUCGGCGUGGCAGCAGCGAUGGUCCUGAUUUUGGGGCUCCGAUUCGCCAGCUUAAAGCACUCUCAACUCAUGGAGAUCCUGUACAUCAUGGCAUCGGCUUACGUGAUCUACGCUGUGGCUGAGAAGCUACACUCCUCUGGGAUCAUCACCACACUUUUCGGUUCCAUGCUCAUGGGCAUCUAUGCGAAGCCGCACCUUUCAGAUGAGGGCAACCUCUUGGCCACAUUCUUCGUCAAAGGCAUGGCCACUCUGGCAGACACCUUCACGUUCCUGAUCGUGGGUGUCGGGGCAGUGGCCGUCUGUGGGGAGCGCGCCAGUUGGAAGUUCAGCCUUUGGGUCAUGCUCUUCUGCAUCAUCGGUCGCAUUGCCGCUGUACUACCUUGUGGGGGCAUCGUUAAUGCCACGAAGACGGCCAUCGGACGACACAACAAGGCCCCCCCGGCAGACUGGUUUCUCUUAUCCUGGAAGCAUCUCUUUAUGAUGUGGCAUGCGGGUCUGCGAGGAGCAAUUGCUUUGGUCUUAUGCUGGGAGCUGGGAGAUUGGGUGGAUGAGACGGAAGGGCCGGGCAGCAAAGAGAUUCUGAUCACCAGCACCCUCGUGGUGAUUUGUGUCUUCCUGCUGGCCUUCGGGGGCACGACGCAGUGCAUGCUUCGCUGCCUGAACAUACGAAUGGGAGAGGAUAUGCCGGAGAAUUACUUGACAGGCAACACCAUGCUCUCUUGCGCGCGGAACUGCGGCCAUGCCAUAGACAGACGGCUGCUGUGGCCUUGCUUGGUCGGCGGUCCGAACAGCAAGGAUGCCACUUUAGAGGAGCUUACACGCAGUGCCGUUCACGAAAUCCUGCAGGAGACAACCGUGGCACACCGAAGCCAGGCGUUCUUCCGCCGGAGUUCUUCGACCCUUCGUAGUACCAUAUGUGCCGACGAGCUGGAAAUUGGGGAUUCGGAGCUGUCGACCUCUACAGACGAGGACGCACGCUGA